CUACUACUAUAAGGGGCUUCCCCAUUCUCUGUUCUUGCUCCACGUGUAGUGUUUCGCCUGCUGCUGAGGGCUGGAGGGAGAAAGAAGGGUGGAGAUGGGGAGUGAAGCGGUGCCGUCCGAUCUCCUACCGCACGUCUACUCGUUCCUGGUCCAGAAUAAGCUUCACAAGGCCGCCAACAGCCUCAAGAAGGAAUGCGGUGUGACUCUGCAGACUCUAAAGGGACCAGGUCUUAUGGAUUUCUACCAGCUCUACAGACGGAGUCAUGGGUCUAAACGAACAGUAAGUCUGAGAGAGAAGAGCGAAGAUGCAACUGAGGCAGAGCCACCUCCAAAACGACGCAAGAAAGAUACCUCGCAACAGCAGAAACCAGCUACAAAACCAGCAAACAAGAUGCCAACAGUUUCAACCAAACUGCCGCCUCGACCUGAACCACCAGUAGAUACCAGCUCUGAUACUAGUGAUACGUCAUCUAGUUCUGAGGACGAAGGAGGGAGAGAAGGAAAGGAAGGGAAGAUUUUGAAAGGAAAACCUGCUCCUGCCAGUAAAACGACAGAUACCAGCAAGAAAUCUGGACAGAAGUCGGUCGUAGCUCAGAAAUCGUCUCUGCAGUCGAAAAAAGUACAGAAACCAUCACAAAAGGAGGGAAAGAUAGCGGAAGAAUCGUCGUCGUCCGAAAGUGAAAGUAGUUCAGACGAGGCAGAAACUGAGACGACAAAACCUGAGCCUCCAGUGAAGACAGCAAAGAAACAGACAAUAGCUGUCAAGAAAUCUGGGGACGGAAAGGGACAGAAAACGACAGCUAAAAAGCAAGCACCGCCAUCCUCCCCUAGUAGUGAGGAUAGCUCCAGUGCCAGUGAGGCUGAGACUUCUGCAAAACUGAAGAAAGUGGGGAAGACAACAGCUGGAGCUACAGGGAAGAAGACUGCCACUGUGGUGGAGGGAGGGAAGAGAGGGAAGAAGGUGCGGGGAUCUAGUAGCAGCAGUGAAGAUAGUUCCAGCGACAGCGAGGGAGAGGAAGAGGAACAGAAGAAAACAAAGCCAGCUGGGAAACAUGCAAAGACAGCGGUUGGAAAGACAGCGGCAGCGAAACCACUGGGUAAAGUUGCAGGGGUGGGAAAGGCAGUGGGUGUUGGGGGAAAAAAGGGUGGGGUGGGGGUCCCGCCAGUGACACUGGUGAAGAAACCAGCGAAUGCUGGAGGGAAGAGUGCCGGAGUGGGGAAACAGGUGAAGGUGCAGGCAGUGAGACAGACGAAGGAGCAGUCUACCAGUGACAGUAGUACAUUAUCUUCAUCCAGUGAGAGCGAGGAAGAGGAAGAGGAGGAAGAGAAAGGGAAGAAAGGACUGGAGACAGUUGUGAAGAAAGCUGCCACUAGCCAGAAGUCAGCAGCGGUGAAACAAAAUGGUGGAGCAGUUGAAAAGAAGACGACCAAACAGCCGGAGAAGAAAGAGUCCAGUAGUGAGGUAUCAUCAUCAUCCAGUGAAGACAGCGACUCUGAGACCACGGAACCCGUCAAACCAGUCGGCAAACCUGUUUCAAAACCAGGAACUAAACCAGCUUCAAAACCAACCCCAAAGCCUGUUUCAAAACCAGGAACUAAACCAGCUUCAAAACCAACCCCAAAGCCUGUUUCAAAGCCAAAGACAGCAGAACCUGGAGACGGUAAGAGUGGAGGGAAGCAGCAAAAGAAGAGGGAGAAAAAGAUGGUGACAUCCACACCAAAGAUUGUGGGGAAGACGAAGAAGACGGACGACAGCUCAGGUAGUUCGUGGAGUGAGACUGAGGAAGAGGGGAGAGAGGUCCCUGAGAAGAGAGAAGGAGAGAGGAAGGUGGUCGCGGGGAAGAAGAGUGGGAAGAAGGGGAAGGAGACAUCUGAGAGUGAGAUGGAGGUCGAGGAGUCUCCAGUGACUGGUGGAGGGAGCAAGACCGGCACACCAGCAAGUACUGGAGAGUUGGCAAAAACCCCAGCCACAGUCCCUCUUGCCAAGAAGAAAAAGAAACUCAAGUCUCCGGGGACGACGCCGUUCCGUCGUGUUGGCGUGGAGACGGAGGUGGAUCCGCGACUGGCAGACAAUUCAUUUGAGGCUAAGGCAGGGGCGAGGGGGGCCUGGGGGGAGAGAGCUAAUCAGGACCUCAAGUUCACCAAAGGUAAGUCAUUCAGACAUGAGAAGACGAAGAAGAAGAGAGGAUCGUAUCGCGGAGGCACCAUCGACACGCAGGUCUACAGUAUCAAGUUUGAUAGUGAGUGACAGAUACUACUAUUGCUGCUGCCAUAAUUCAGAGCUACGUAUUUAAAAAUUGUAUCAUUUCACAUGUCCAAUUGUACAGUUCACAAUGAUGUAAUGAUUACAAAAACAGUAGGGCAUGGGCUACUUCUGCUGCCCAACGAUCUCAAUUGUAGCAUACAAUGUUUUAGGAAAAACAACUUAUAGUUGUAGACACACACAAUCUAUUAUACACGGCAUGUAAUUAAGUUUACAAAAACAGUUCUAUGGGAAAUAGUUGAAGACAUGCACGCGAUCCAACUCGUUUUCACUGAUGUAAACUGUACGAUUCUUGUCUACUGCUAGUCCAAACGGACCGUAAAACGCCACAUUUUCAGAAUACCCAAAAGACUUGAUCAACUCUAGAAGUAUACAGAACUGUCUCGUUGAUAUAAGAAUCUGUACCUUGACUUUGAUCAACAUCUUCAGCCAAAUUUCUACGUUUCACUUUGCCUUUUUUCUGAGGCCCACACCGCGAAAGCAGCGUUUUACUGGGAAGAACUGCAGCUGUGCUGAGAACGAGUCGAUCGAGAAGAACGAGUCCGCAAGGUCAAAGGUUUAUCGAGCCACGCCUUCAACACCAACCCCACCCAAAGCAAAUACCGGAAGUGAAAGUUUGUUUUUUCCAGUGAAAAUUCAGAGCUACGUAUUUAAAUACGCUCGUCGGAUGCAAAAUACGAAAACAGUGAUACACAACCCUUGUUCCCGAAUUCACCAACAUAUACCACAUUCUGAGAAUCAAUAGCGAUGCUAACUGGUUUGUUGGUGACAACUUUUUUCCCAAACUGCCUCAAGUAGACUCCAUCGACUGUGAAGACCUCGAUUCUGUGGUUGUCACAAUCAGCUACAUACACGUUGCUUUCAGCGUCAAAAGCUAUGUCAAAAGGGCUAUUUAACUCUCCAUUGUUAGAACCCCUUGUACCGAAACUCUUGGAGAACGUGAGGUCGGAGUUCAGAACUUGAAUUCUGUGGUUGCCACUGUCAGUAACAUACACCUUCCCAGUGCCAGGAUGAACUGCAAUACCUCCAGGACACAGGAACUGAAGAGGUCCACUGCCCCAUGUACCAACUGUUUUGAGGAACUUGCCAGUGGACGAAAACUGCUGAAUACGAUUGUUCUGGCUGUCGGCUACAAGAAUGUUUCCUCCAUUGUCUAUUGCUAUACCUUCAGGGCGAUCAAACUGACCAGGAUCUGAGCCAUACUCACCAAAUGACUUCCGAUCUCCGUAUGAUUUCCCGCUGAUGAUUGUAACACGGAAACCGGUAGAUUCAACGACAACUAUCUCCCCUCCCUCCGUGACAGCUAUAUACACCAGAUGGUCCCUCGAGAUCUCCGAUCAGUCCUGCGGGGCCAAGGUUGGGUGGAGUGGAGGCUGGUUUCUCUGCUGUUUCAAUGGUCUCGGGAGCAGUGGAGGGUUUGGCAGCCAUGGCUCUGGCAGUAGUGCAACAGACAAGAUAGAGAGAGGAUCUAUGUAGAGUCAAGACAGCAACAGCCUCCAAGAAAUAGGGGAAGCUGAGUUGCUGACAGGAAAUGCCCCCUGACCUUGACCCCUAUUAACCUCAGAG